GUGAGUCGAACUUCUGUUUGCAUUGCUCUGUAAAAAAGACAAAUCCAUUUAGAAUUUGCAGUUAGUGUGCGUAUGAUUUUGCACAGACUAACGUGGCAGGCCAGGUUUCUAACUCGCUUUGUGUGUAAUAAGAUGGCUAGCAAAGGAAUGCACCAUGAGGACAACAAGUUGGACACCUUCCGUCGCAUCUGCGAUGAAAUAGCCGGCGAGUCAAGUUACCUGAAGAAGGCGGAGAAACUGCAGCGAUUUUUCGAAAAGGGAAGCAGUGGCAAGGGCUUCAAGGGCGACACCCUGCUCUGGGUGCAGUUCCUCAUCCCGGAGGCCAACCAGCGGGUCUACAAUCUGCAGAACAAGGCGCUGAUCAAACUCUUUUCGCGCAUUUUAAAUGCAAACCAGCAGCAAAUGCAUCUGGAUCUAGAGCAGGAUGGAGACGUUUCGGAAACGCUGCGCAAGCACUUUGCCGCUUCUAGGAAACUCAAGCCACAAGUGCAAAGCAAGCUCUAUCUGCAGGAGGUGGAGGAGAUGCUCCUAAAACUGGUGGAGCGUACCAAAGAGGAUGAGCAGACCAAACUGCUGCACGAGUUGUGCUCGAAGGCAACAGACUUGGAUCUGCGCACCUUUAUUCGCUUGGUGAAGCACGACUUAAGAAUCAAUGCGCGGGCCCGGCACAUCCUGGAUGCCUUUGGUCCUGAAGCCUACCCCGCAUAUCAGUCCUCCCGCGAUUUGGUGGCGAUUGUGAGACAGUUUGCCGGCAAGGAAAAUAAAAAGGAUGCCCCUAGCCCGGCUAAGAAAGCUAAAAAAACGAACUCGAGUGCGAUUCAGGUAAUGACGCCCAUAUCGCCCAUGUUGGCCAGUCCCUGCAAGUCGGUGGAGGAGGCCUUCAAGAAGAGUCCUGCUGGACUGUAUAGCGAGAUCAAAUACGAUGGAGAGCGGGUUCAAAUCCACAAGCAGGGCAACGAUUUCAAGUUCUUUAGCCGCAAUCUGAAGCCUGUGGUGGAUCACAAGAUACGGGCUCUUAAGGAGUAUAUACCGCAAGCCUUUCCUGGCGGCGGUGAAAUGAUAUUGGACUCUGAGAUCAUUCUAGUCGACACUGACACGGGAGCACUGCUGCCCUUUGGAUCGUUGGGUGCCCAUAAAAAGCAGACUUUCGCCAAUGCAGCAGUAUGCUUAUUUGUGUUUGAUUGCAUACUGUACGAUGGCGAGGAUUUGACCCAGUUGCCAUUCCGAAAACGUCGUGAGAUCCUUGAGCAGAAUAUUGAACCCAUUAAAUCCCACGUGCAGCUGUCGGAGUCGGAGUUCCUAAAGACCACGAGGGAACUGGCCGUGAUGACGGCCAGGGUGUUACAUGCCAAUCUGGAGGGAGUGGUCCUGAAAAGUCCAUCUAGCACAUAUCAGCCAGGCAAAAGAAACUGGCUUAAGGUUAAGAAGGAUUACCUUUUCGAUGGAAAGAUGGCUGACACAGCCGACUUGGUAGUUCUGGGAGCUUGGUAUGGAUCAGGGAAGAAAGGUGGCACGCUUAGCAUUUUCCUCAUGGGAUGCUACGAUGCGUUUGGACGUCUGUGGAAGACAGUGACCAAAGUACACUCUGGAUUGGAUGAUGCUACCAACGCAGAGGUACAUGAUUCACUGAUCAAGCUAACCGAACGUGCUGAUGCCAACGCAAUGCCCAGUUGGCUAUUGUGCAGUAAGUCCCUGGUGCCAGAUGUACUGGCCAAGGAUCCGCUUGAAAUGCCAGUAUGGGAGAUUACUGGCGCCGAGUUCACAAAGUCUGAUGCGCAUACCGCGUCUGGAAUCUCGAUAAGAUUUCCCAGGAUUACUCGUCGUCGUAGUGAUAAAUCGACAAAAGAGGCCACUGAUCUGGCCCACUUAGAAGAUCUUUUUGAAGCCUCAAAAAAGAAUGUAAAUGUUGAUUUGCUGCUGGCCAAUUGUAGUAAGGAUGAGAAACCAAUUGAUAUCAAAUCAACUCCCCAAAAAGAGAAAAAUCUAAAUGGCAAUCGAUCAAGUAGUAGUAAGAAACUAAAAAGGUGCAAAACUGGUUCAGAUGAUGAAGACGAGGCUCCUGCGCGCAGCAAACACAAGGAGGCAAAAGCGACGAGAAGCUUGUCGCCUUCGCAAAAGGGAUUAAAGGAUUUUUUCAAGCCCAGCAAAGAGCUGAAAUCAGUAGUAAAAAAGGAACCAAAGGAGAACGAAAACGCUAUUGAACCAACUAGCUCAAAAGGCAAGCUAUUUGAAGGAUUGGUGGCUCACUUUGCCAUGGAAAAAGAUUCCAGCAAACUGAUGCAGCAGUUUACGGAGCAUGGAGGAAGCUGUACAACGGAUCCGCGAAAAGCUAAUCUGGUUUUUUAUAAUACACACGAGACAUCGGACCUGGAGAAGCUAAGAACGCUCUAUCGUCGUAGCUGCCGGCACUUGAAUGUAAGGUGGCUCCAAACCUCUCUCGAUACUCAGAGUCGACAGCCUUAUCCCACAUACGCCGUGAUGAUGAAAUGAUGAGUCGAAUUCUAAAUCAUUUUCACUCAGAAAUACAUGCUUGAUUAAACCGAA